AGCCGCAGCACCAGAGUUUGUUCUCAACUCUCAAGCCUCAGAACUCAUUCAGUGUUUUGGUUCUUGUUAACUUAAAUUUUGGAGCUUGAAGGGAGCUGGCUGAUGAACAUGUUGCCAGACAAGAGAAGGAAUAAUAAAAGAAAGCGAACCAAUGAGGAAUGUCAGAAACUUAGAGAAACCCAGAGGAGGAUGAGCACAUCUCACAAAAGGAAGCUUAAGAAGUUGAAGGAGGAGAAGGAAAACGACCUUGUGCUAUCAAAAAGCGUUGAGGCGUUAGAGAAAUAUAAGAUUCCAGAGGGUGCACGGGCUCUUCUCCAGUCAUCACGAAAUAUUGGCCAGGUUGAGUCCAGAAAGGUUAAACGCAGCAAAGGUUUACUCCACUUGAAACUUACAUCCCAUGCUUCCAGUGAAAGUGAACCUGAGUCGGAAAUAACUCAAUCAACACAGGAUCAAUCGUUAAUGGUACAAAAGAACACGUCUACUUGUUCGGACUCCUCUACAAUGCUACUUUGUGGCACAAGGCCUCCUGAUAUUCAUGACAACUCUUUACCAGAAGAUGGAACUUCUAGCAUGGAUCAUAACUGGAGUGAAAGCAUAAACUUCAUGGAUAAAGUAGAAGAGAGUCCUGAGUCAAGUUACAGCUCAAAGCUUCCUGCACCAAGUAUUCUGAAAGAUCCAAAAAAUAGGCGGCAUGUAUCAAGACCUCCUGAAGUGGUAAAGGCAAGGAGUGAUAUUCCUAUUAUAAUGAUGGAGCAAGAGAUAAUGGAGGCCAUAAAUGAAAAUUCCACUGUUAUUAUACGCGGAGAGACUGGAUGUGGUAAAACAACCCAAGUUCCACAGUUUCUUUAUGAAGUUGGCAUUGGUUCAAGUGUGUCUCCUCUUGGAAGUGGUAUCCUUGGUGUUACUCAACCCCGUCGCAUUGCAGUCUAUGCUACUGCUAGUCGUGUGGCAUAUGAGCUUGGUGUACGCGUGGGUGAGGAGGUUGGGUAUCAAGUUAGAUAUGACAAAAAGAUAGGCAAAAGUUGCUCCAUCAACUUCAUGACGGAUGGAAUAUUGCUACGAGAACUCCAGGGUGAUUUUUGGUUGAAGAGAUACUCUGUGAUAAUUCUUGAUGAGGUUCAUGAGCGGAACUUGAGCACAGAUACACUCAUUGGAAUGCUUUCACGUGUUAUCAUUUGUCGUCAGAAAGAGUACGAACGUCAGCAGGAGUUUUUGCAGCAGUACUCGCAUUUAGGAAUAUCUAUAGAUCGGGAGAAACUUGUUUUUCCACUGAAGCUUGUGCUCAUGAGUGCUACCAUGCCAGUGGAAGACUUCAUUUCUUAUAGGAAGCUGUUUCCUGACCCCCCACAAGAGAUAAAUGUUUUGUCUAGACAAUUUAAAGUAGACAUUCAGUUCUCGACGACAACUAAAGCUGAUUAUACUAAGGAAGCAUGUAAAAAGGUCUUGGAAAUUCACAAGAAUAUGCCACAAGGAGGCAUACUUGUGUUUGUCACUGGGUACUGGGAAGUGGAGGUAUUGUGUGAAAAGCUACGUAGAGCUUCAAGGGAACUGACUAUGAAAAAAAAAAAAGGGUGUUGUGUGAUGGAAGGUUCUGUAAUAAACUCUGUUGGAGAGGUAAAUAUGAAGGAGAACAGCAAAGCAUUUCAUUCAGCCAACCAUCAGAAUGAUGUAUUUAGUUACACUGAUGAAGAUCAGUGCGAGGUAGAUGACGAUGAGUUUGGUUCUUCAUAUGAUACAGAAACAGAGAGUGAGCUGGAAAUUAUUGGUGACGAUGCGGAUUCAUUGUGUCAAGAUGCCCCAGAAGUCGAUGGUGAGGUUGCACAGAUUUUAGGAGAGAACGUGAGCAUUGCAUCACUGAAAGCCUCUUUUGAAUCAUUGGCUGGAAAAUCUUCUUCAGAUUCUACUUCUUGCAAAGAACCUAUUUCACGAACUCUAGACUUUUGCUCUAGCCAAUCCAAUCAUAGUCGCAGGUUGGGGAAAAAAGAUGCGGUUGUAGACGAUAGUGUUCCAGGCUCUCUGCGUGUUCUUCCUCUUUAUUCCAUGCUGCCUGCAGCAGCUCAGCAUCGUGUAUUUGAUAAAGUAAAGGAGGGAGAACGGCUUGUUGUUGUGGCCACCAAUGUUGCUGAAACCUCUGUCACUAUACCUGGGAUAAAGUAUGUUGUCGAUACUGGAAAAGUGAAAUCGAAGGAAUACAACUUUAAAAAUGGAAGUGAAAUAUAUAAAGUACAGUGGAUUAGUAAGGCGUCGGCUGUUCAACGUGCAGGAAGAGCUGGAAGAACAGGGCCUGGUCACUGUUUCCGCCUUUAUUCUUCGGCAGCAUUUAAUAAUAUCUUCGAUGACAGUUCCCCAUCUGAAAUAUCCAAAGUCCCUCUUGAAGGUCUUAUCCUUCUUUUGAAGUCCAUGGACAUUGAGUUGUCUGCUUUUCCUUUUCUUACUCGUCCAAAGGAUGAUGCUCUUAAUGGAGGACAGCGUUGCUUGGAGAUCCUCGAAGCGCUUACUGAGGAUGGAGAAGUGACACCUCUAGGGAAGGCCAUGGCUUAUUACCCCAUAAGUCCUCGCCACUCUAAGAUGCUCCUAACAGCCAUCAAAAUGUUGAAUAAGGAGAAAAGCUAUAAACGACCUAAUUUAGUACUAGCAUAUGCAGUUGCUUCAGCUGCAGCUUUGAGUUUGUCAAAUAUUUUUGUUAGUCAGUUUGAAGACAGUUGCACAGAAAACCAUGACUUAAUUGAUGGAAAUUCCAGUGCUCCAGUUCACAGUGAAGUUAUAGACAAGCAAGAGAGAGUGAUCAAAGAGAAGAAAGUGAGAGCGUCUUGUGAAAAUUUUAGUAGUCAUAGCAGUGAUGCCCUUUCCAGAGCUUAUGUUUUGCGGCUCUAUGAACUUUCCAAGAGCCGAUUGCAUUUCUGCAAGGACAAUGCUCUACACCCAGAAACCAUGCAUGAAAUAUCCGAGCUGAGAGAGCAGCUACUCAAACUUGUCUUUUAUCAUAGUGGUGUCUCUGGUGGUGAAUUUUCAUGGAUCCAUGGUAGUCAGGAAGAUGUUGAACAUGAUUGGAGGGCUGAUGUUAUCCCUCUUUCUUUGGAUGAGGAAGGCCUCUUGUGCCGGGCCAUCUGUGCUGGUUGGGCAGAUAGAGUUGCCAAGCGCAUUAAAGGAAGUAAAAAUCAGUAUCAAACCUGCUUGAGUAAUGAGAAUGUCUUCCUCGACCGCCAGUCAUCUGUUUCUAAAAUUGCUCCUGAAUAUUUGGUGUACAGUGAGUUGAUACAGAAAAAGAAACCAUACAUGCACGGUGUUACUUGUAUCGAACCAGAAUGGCUUGUUGACUGUGGUCGGGUCUUAUGCAAGCUCCCAAAGGGCAGUGCACCUUACUAUGACCGUGUAAGUGACAAGGUACUAUACAAUGUCACUCCAACCUUUGGUCCUCAUUUGUGGAAGCUUCCAGAACAUUGUUUGCCUAUUGAUGAGACUGAGUUUAAAGGUGCAGUGCAAGCUUUUGCUUUUGCUUUGUUGGACGGCAAGGUUCUGCGUUGCCUGAGACCUGUGCGUGCAUUCAUGGCAGAACAUCCUCGUACUGUUUUAAAGCCAGUGGCAGCAAAUCGAGAACGGGUUCAGAAUCUCUUGUUGAAGUUGGGGGAGAAGAAGAUACACAGCCGUGCUAUGUUGAGAGAGGUGUGGAGUAAAAAUCCCAACGAAUUGUAUCUGGAAAUCCGGAACUGGUUUAGAAAGAAUUUCCACUGUAAGUUUAAGGAUAUUUGGGUCGAAAUGCUUCGCGAAGCCAUUUACUAAUGUCUGGUUUGCAGUAACCUGCAUACAUCCAUUUAUUUAAUGUCUCUUCUUUUGUAGGCAACUAAAUAAACACCUUGUAUUUUCAAUGAUGUAUUAGUCUGGACUUCUUUUCUA